GAAGGAGUCACCGUGAGACAAGUGCUGGCUUUGAUCCCUGAAUGCUUCAGGACGAUGGACAACUUGGUGAUCAAGUUCUCGCCACUCACGGAGAACUGGGCCGACCAUCCCAACAUUUUGGUUACGGACCCCAGCGAGGACGAGGACGAAGCCAAAGCAGCCGCGGAGGACUCGGCCGAGGACCAUGACCAUGACGAUGCCGAGGCUUUGGAGGGCGAGACCAACAUGGAGAAGCUACGCCGCUUGGCGCGCGCAGGCUCUGAGGGAGCCGUGGCCUGCAUGAUCAUGGCUGCUAUGAGCAGGGAGGGCCGAUCCCUAAUGACCAAUGAGGAGACUACGCUCUUGGGCUCGGUGAUACCACAGAGCCAUAUGGCUGAGGCAGCCACGGAGGAGGCUACGGGAAGCGCAGAGGCCUCGAACUCGACCUCCACACCGGGGCUAUCCUCCACGGCGGCGCAUGCUGUUGCGACAGCCCCAUGGCGCGGCAACAAGCGCACGGCGGCGCCUCCAUCGAGUGCCAACAAGAAGCUUGCGUCUCAAUUGGAAGUGCUUUCAUGCUACGUAGAGUCCCUUGAGGAUAAGCAUCCCUACGCCUGCCUCGGGGCCGUCGGUCUGCACACCCUGAGUAGCUCCCUGAAUAGCUCCCAAUACGAGGGUAGAGUUUUGUCUCCGGAGCCACAGCCUUGUGGCCUCACCUUCCCUGUACAUCUGACCUGUGGGAACGUGCUGGACAAAACAGAUGCGACAUUCGAGAUCGAGAUUGUGCGGGGUACGAAGACGGCAUCUCCACUGAGAAUGCGGCAGGUGACCUACAGUGCAGUUGUGCGGAUGAACACUCAACCUUUGCAUAUUGAUACAGCCAUUAUGGCAUUCAGGCUAACCCUGGGCUACCUCGUGCUCCUCACGGGGAUUGCACACAUGGUCCAGGCCUUGGCUUCCCUUUGCAUCUUGUUCUACCUCGCAGGGAACUUCUCGCAGCCCCACCUUGGCGGCUCAGGCAACGUACAUCCUCCUUCAAACAGGACCCAAGCCCUUCCUCGACAAAAGAAGCCAGCCUUGGAUCAGAAGGAGUUGGAAACUUACCUUCGGCAAGAACGGGUGGACAUUGCGUUCAUCCAGGAAUCUAAGUGGAGAUUUGAAAGCACGUGGGAGACCGCGGAGUUCCUUUACAUUCACUCUUGUGGAACAGGACCGGUGGACCGAGUGGGCGGCGUCCUCACCAUUGUGAGCAAACGACUGGCCAAGGCCUCGGACCUACAAUUUCAGGUUCUCCAUGGGGGUCGGCUUCUUCAUGUCAGGGUCCCUUGUGGUGGAGUCCAUGUUGACUUGCUGAACUACUACCAGUAUGCUGUUGUCCAAGAAGAUGUUGUCUAUGAACGUCGACAAAAAUUGUUCGUCAAGUUGCAGAAAUGUGUUGCAGGCUUGCCGCGAAGGAACUCCUUGAUUCUGGCCGGGGACUUUAACUGUCCUUUCAUCCCCUCUGGCAAUGUCUGUGGAACACAUGUUGUUUCCCCGAGUGAAGAUCACUAUCGGGAUCUCCAGGAUCAGCAGAAUAUUGCGAAAUCGCUCAAGCUCACGGCGUUGAACACAUGGCAGAGGCCUACACACGGUCAAGUCGCAACCUUCACUGCCUUCAGUGAUCGUUCCGCACAAAUCGACUUUAUUGUAGUCAGGUCAAGACAGGCCACGGCAUCCUCAAAACAGGCGGCGGUACUUCCGGACUUUCCAGUUGCUGCAUGGCGUGAAGGCCCCAAGCAUCAUCCGGUCCAGGCGUGGGUCACAUUGCCACCGCCACCAUGGAUCAAGGCUCGUCCUACUACCUUUGAACCCCGGAAGAUCGACAAAGAAGCCAUCAUCCAGGACCUCAAGAAAGAUCCACCUCCACCUGCUCUGAAUGCCCUGCGCCAAGAGGUCACUGCACACCUUACUGGAGUGCCCAGCGGUCUGAAUCACAUUUUGAUGAAAGCGGCUCUGCGCCACUACCCUCUUUGUCGGCAGGCGAACAGAGGAGCUACACAACCGGAGGACCUGGCCAAUCAGGCCAAGGACAUGUGGCAGAAAUUCAGGUCGAUGCGAGCACAUCGCUUCAACAUGGCGGGCGUUGUAACUGCCUGGAGGCAAUGGACGGAAUUUCAGCAAGCUCAUGCCCUCCACAAAGCCAGGCUGCGGAUGAGGGCAAUCAAUGCCUACAAAGUAUGGCAAGCGGUUCGGCGCUUGGAACUUCAAUGGAUCGUGACUGCGUAUGGGGACCGUUUCGGAGCACAGGCGGUCCCACGAAGUACCGGUCCGGCUGUGGUCUUCAAGGCCUGCAGUAGGAUCAUUGCCGCUCCAGUGGCAACCCACUUCAAUGAGACUUGGGCACAGGAGGACCCGACAGUGGACCAGGACUGGGCUGAUGCAGAGGUGGCUCUACUGCCCAAAGCUCAUGGCAGAUCUGCUACACCUCUAGAUUGGCGGCCGAUAGGACUCCAGGAUCCCUUAGGCAAAUGUGUUAUGGGACUGAUCGUGGCACAGGCUCGCGAGGCCAUUGUUGGACUGGUUCGGCAGUAUCCGCAAUGUGCCUAUCUACCAGGCAGGAGUACACAUACUGCACUUCGCAAAGUUUUUCAACACUGUCAUUGCGUACGCGAAGAAUGUUCCAAAGCACGCAGAACCAUUCACGAUCAACAUGCUGGAGCUGCCCCGGUGGGCUGUGCUGGCGGAUUACAAAUCAGUGUCGACCUCAGUGCUGCAUUCGAUGUGGUGCACUGGGACCACCUCAAAGAAUCACUUGAUCUCGCUGGAGUCAACCUACUUGUUCAGGAAGUCAUUCUUCAAUGGCUUCGGCAGGUUCGCUACCUGUUCCACCAUCGAGGCAAGCAGGGCGUUGUUAUUCCCAAAUGGGGGUUGCGACAAGGAUGCAAAGCUUCUCCCUGUCUGUGGGCGGCUUACACUGCUCUUCUGUGCGUCAACAUCAGUUCGACCAUUGGAGGCGACUGGGUGAAAGACCACCUGACUAAGUACGCCGAUGAUUCGCACUUACGUUGGCGAUUUCAGUCGUUUGAGCAAUUUGAGGCCAUCAUGCAAGAAGUGUGUCAAGUGUUUGCAUGUUUUCGCAAAUUUCACAUGAAGAUCAACCUUGAGAAAAGCAAGGCCAUCCUCAAGAUGGUGGGCACCCUCAAGCACAAAGUCCGCAAGGCCUUCAUUCGCAAAACAAAUGUCGGACAUAGACUGCUGCUAUCCCCCAGGAACCCGGACAAAUGGCUGGCUCUGGUGCCCAGCACGGAAUAUUUAGGCACCAUCGUGUCGUACCAGCAAUUUGAGCUUCAAACCAUGAGACAUCGCAUCUCGAAGGCCAAUGGGCGGCGAUGGGCAUUGGCAUCCUUUUUGCACUCUCGCAGGAUAUCGGUCAAGCUUAAGCUUCGAAUCUGGCAAAGUAGUGUUCUCUCUUCGCUCCUGUACGGCCUAAGCACAUGCGGACUCACAGGAGACCAAGUGGAAGGAAUACAGCGUGUCAUCAUGAAACACGUUCGGGCCAUCAUCUCCAACCAGGCGCACCUCACAGGUGACAAGCAUGAGACUAUUAUCCGCAGAUAUCACAUUCCUCUGGCAGUCGAUCUACUGCAAGCAGAACUGCACAGAGCUGGCACGGCCCAAGAACAACAUGCGGACUGGAUGUACGAGGCGGAGUGGCAGAUGAGGAUGCACGGGAUUAUCGAUGACCAGGUCACGUUUGACAAGACAUUGCACUCAGUACGAGGUGCCCGAAAGCGGCUCUUCAUGGAGGAGAUCCACUUGCAGAUGGUGAUCACCCAGGAGCUGAAUGCUGCGAUCCUCCUGCUCCUCCUGAGUGCGGAGCCAGUGCCGCAGGGAUUCGACGAGCUGGAGGACUUCUUUGGCGAAGUGAAGGCGGAGGGUCAGGCGACCAACAAAAGAAGGAAGCCGGAGCAUCCGGACAGGCCAUUCCGGCCGUCAGGACCGUCGGGCCGGGCAGAUCCAUUGAUUCUUUCUUUAGCGCGGGCCGUGGUCCGCCAGGAGGAGGAGCUGAAAGUGCUCAAACAAGAUCCUUCGAUCGUGAUGUGGCUACGCCCAGGGGAGUACGGAAUCCUUCACCACCUUUACGUGACAGCUCGGGCAUUCAAGCAAAAACAACAGGAAAACCCGAUGUGGGCCCCGGGACAACAACCAUUGCGCACAGUUAUGGCAAUUGCUCUUUUCCGGGAGAUGGAGGCAAGGGUCAACAAAGUGCUGGGAGACGAAUCGUUGCAAAAGAAGGCGGCCUACAUGGGCUGGAGGGAUCCGGCCACAGGCUGGAGGUAUCAAAGAUGGAACCCCACCUUGAAACAUUUAGAGGUGGACUCCUCCAGGAAUCCACUGACGGAUCAACAGGUACUUCAGGCCUUCCAGCUGCUGUACAAGUCAUUGGACCAGGACUCAGUCACCAGGUUCUCGUGCACGAGAAAGGUUACAGAAACGAUGACGAACCAAGCCACCUUCCUCAUGGAUAUCUCCGUCCGCACGCCGGCAGCGAUGGAAACAUGGAAAACCAUGCACAUGGCACAUGCUUCAGGGAUGUUCGGUUCUGCAACUCGGCGGAAUGGCGUAUCGGAGAGACACGCUCAAAUGCAGCCCUCUCGUGGAGAAGAUCAAGGAGAUGCUGCGUGGCCGUCGAGGCUUCGCCUACAAAAUCCAGGCAAUCAUUGCUACUUCAACUCAUUUGUUCAGGUGCUCUGCUGGCUACUUCAUCGAGAUCCUGAUCGACUUGCAUCCCUGGGGCGUUGUGCUCAGUUCAUCAACAGUCUCCGUCAUAGCUCAACUGAGAAAUCUCACAACCUGAUGAGCAACUUCUUGUGGAGGAUUUUACUGCGUGGAUGGACCGAUGUGCAGAGGCAGCACGAUGUGGUUGAGUUUGCGGCGCACUUUGUCAACAAACACGAGCUUGUGUUGUUUCAGGUCAAUGGGAAACACGGCAAAGCUUGGAUGGGGUACCCGGGUAAUUACCCAGUGCCAUUGAAAUGGGGCUCACAACUCAGCCUCUUCAGUUAUACAUGCCGGAGCUUCCUCCUGGUCUGGAUGCUGCUCUCAGUGUACAAAGGCUCAUGGAUCACUGGAUGCAUCAUGACGGGGUUUCAGCUUUUACGGUGGCACCCUCAGUGCUUCUACUACAGAUAG